UCGCUCCCACAGUUAGCCUGCGCUCCGGACCGCGCUGGCUCCUGGGAGGUGUAGUUCUUCAGUACUCUGCGCCAGACGGGCAGGCGGAUGGGGUUGAGGCUCUGGGCAGGGUCGGGGCAAAUAAACCGGGGAAGUUGGGCAUCUGCGGUGAUGAAGUAACGAAACUGGGCGCCUUGCGGUAAUGGAGCGGCGGAGCUGAGCAUCAGGUUUUUCAUCAUUUUCCCAUCAUCACAUCACAUUCACACAUCACGUUAAGAUGUCCCCAGGCCUCACUGAAGAACAGAAGAAAAAGAUAGAAGAAAAUAGACAGAAAGCUCUUGCUCGAAGAGCUGAGAAAUUAGCCCAGCAAAGUAAAAACACAGCCUCAGGCCCCUCUGUCCCUGGGACAGUCCACCAGUCCAAUCACAGACAUUCGGGUGGCCCAAAGACCUUACCAGGAGAGACUUCUCAUUCAGGCCGCCUUGCUAUUAGUUCCAGUCCACAGAAUCCCUGUGUCUCAGGCACUGAAGUUCACCCAAAUGCGCUGGAGCCAAGGAUAGUAACACGAGGGAAGCUAGAGGUCAGUUCAGCUGGUCCGGUUCACAUUUCAAAUCCAAAGAAUGUCCAUAAGAUCUCUCAUCCUCUAGCACAGAACUCUCUAAAGAACAAGCAGAAUGCUGGUAAACUAGCUCAGGGUCCUUUGUGCGUCUUUCACAAGUCCAAGCCUACAUCACCCACUUCUGAUCAUGGACCUUUGGGUGAACCAGGGCCCUCACAGGACUUUCAGGCUGCUGCUACUUUUGAUCAGGUGAAUGACCGUGGAAGACAGUUGCUCAGCAUCACUGGGAGCCCCUCCACCUCUCAUCCUGAAUGUCAGGAAAUAAUUGCACACUCCAGUUCUUUCUCUAACAACUCUUCGGACUCACAGAGAUAUCUCGAGAAGAAGAAUGGAAAACUUCAACAAGCUCUCCAGGCUUCUCCUCGGAAAGCAUUCAACUCUCAGAGAGGAAAAUGCACAAAGAAGGGAGAAGACCGUUUCCAGGUGGAGAUUGGAUAUAAUUCAGAGCUCCUUGCUGUGUUUAAGAGUCUGCCCAGCAGAAAGUAUGAUCCUGCUACUAAAAUGUGGGAUUUCAGCCUAAAAGACUACAAGCCUCUGAUGAAAGCUGUCCAGGACCUUCAUACAAUCACCUUGCAACCCCUGGAAGGAUCUGAUACCACUGCUUCUGCAGGGUCCGGGCUCACCGGUGAAGUGCCUUUACAGCAGCUCCAACCCCCCGGCAAGGUCCCUGCCAGUAUGAAAGGCCGAUGUGUGCUCGUCUCCCGAACUCGCUUUGAGGCAGACAUUGGCUUUGAUGAAGAUCUGAUUGCAGUAUUUAAGCGGAUGGAUUCCAGGAAUUAUGAUAUGAAGACCCGGAACUGGAAUUUUCAUUUGAAAGAUCACACAAGACUAAUGCAAGAGGUUCGCCAGCUUCCAGGCAUCCAGCUGGAUCCUUUGCCCAAGGUGGUGCUCCAGGCUUUUGCUGCCCACCUUGAGAAGAAGUCUCUUCACCCAGAGGAAGUACCUGAGGCCGACCUCUCCACUGUGGAUUCAAAACUUGUGUCUGGUCUGAUGCCCUUUCAGAGAACUGGAGUCAAUUUUGCCAUAUCCCAUGGAGGCCGUUUGCUUCUUGCAGAUGACAUGGGCUUGGGGAAGACGAUUCAGGCCAUCUGUAUUGCUGCCUAUUAUCGGAAAGAAUGGCCUCUAUUAGUUGUUACUCCUUCAUCAGUGCGGUUCACCUGGGAACAGGCAUUCCACCACUGGCUGCCUUCCCUCAGCCCAGAUAGCACCAACGUGGUUGAGACUGGGAAAGACAGUUUGACAGCUGGCUUGAUCAAUAUCGUUAGUUUUGACCUUCUCAGCAGGUUGAAAAAACAACUAAAAACUUCUUUUCAAGUAAUUAUUAUUGAUGAGUCCCAUUUCCUGAAGAACGUGAAGACGGCCCGCUGCCAAGCCGCCCUGCCUCUGCUCAAAGCCGCCAAGAGAGUGAUCUUAUUGUCCGGGACCCCAGCCAUGUCACGGCCCGCAGAACUCUACACCCAGAUUGUUGCUGUCAAGCCACACUUCUUUCCUCAGUUCCAUGACUUUGGGUUACGCUACUGUGAUGCCAAAAAGUUGCCCUGGGGAUGGGAUUACUCUGGCUCUUCCAAUCUUGGAGAACUCAGGAUUCUCCUCGAGGAGACUGUCAUGCUUCGAAGGCUCAAGUCCAGCGUCCUUUCCCAGCUCCCGGCUAAGCAACGCAAGAUGGUGGUGGUCGCCCCGGGGCAGAUGGACGCCAAGAGCAGGGCUGUCUUGGCUGCAGCAGCAAAGGAAAUGACCACGGAAAAAAAGAGCAAGCGGCAGCAGAAGGAAGCCCUGAUCCUUUUCUUCAACAGAACAGCAGAAGCGAAAGUCCAGCCUGCCACUGAAUACAUCAUGGACUUAUUGGAAAGUGGGAGAGAGAAGCUCCUGGUAUUUGCACACCACAAGCUAGUCCUGGAUGCAAUUUGCUGUAACCUAGAGAAAAAGCACAUCAACUACAUCCGCAUUGAUGGGGCCACGUCCUCAGCCGACCGCCAGGCCUUGUGUCAGCUGUUCCAGCUGUCUGAGAAGUACCCUGUGGCUGUCCUCUCCAUCACAGCAGCCAACAUGGGGCUAACCUUUUCUGCUGCCGAUUUGGUGGUGUUUGCAGAGCUCUUCUGGAACCCAGGGAUAUUGAUCCAAGCUGAAGACCGUGUGCAUCGUAUUGGGCAGUCCAAUUCAGUGAGCAUUCACUACCUGGUAGCAAAAGGCACAGCAGAUGAUUACCUUUGGCCCCUGAUUCAAGAGAAGAUUAAAGUCUUAGGUCAAGCUGGGCUUUCAGACACCAAUUUUUCAGAUAUGACCGAAGCUACUGAUUAUUUCCACAAGGACCCAAAGCAGAAGAAAAUUUAUGACCUCUUGAGAUCAUCCUUAGAGGAAGAUGACUAUGGAGAAGAUAUGGAUGAGGCACUGUUGGAGGCAGCGGAAAUCUAUGAGAAAGGAACCUCCUCAGAGAUGGCAAGUGAUUCCCAAGAUGAAGUCAGCUCCUGGGAAGCGAGCUCACCUAAGAAGAGACGGAUUACGGACUUUUUCGAUCAAAAAUGACAGGGAGGACUUGUCAUUUGACUUUCAGGGGGAAACAGACCUUAAAAGAAAAUCACUGAUUUAAAAAAAAAUAAAAUAAAAAUACACCCAA